AUGGCGUCGCUGUGGAUCAUUAACAAGGCCGGCGGCCUGGUGUUCCAGUGCGAGCACUUUGCGUACCCACACAAGGCGGCAGGCGAGGCAGAGAUUACAUCGAAUGACUACCUGAUUCUGGCGGGCACGCUGCACGGCAUCCACGCGAUUGCGUCGCGUAUCCAGCCGGUGCCGGGCAAGACCUGCUCGGGCCUCGAGGUGCUCGAGGCAGAAAACCUCUUGAUUCACGUCAAGAUGACCGAAACGGGAACCAAGCUCGUUCUCCUUACGCACACCACACACCCGAACCCGGGGGGGGUACUCAAACGCGCGUACGAGCUCUACGUCGACCACGUCAUGAAGGACCCAUUUUACAUUGCGGAAAUGCCGAUCCGCAUCGAGGCGUUCGACCGCGAGGUGGCUGCGCUCCUCCAGUAG